AUGUCUACCCGGACUCCUGAAACACUAAUAACUAGGCUUUUGGAUGACGAUUAUAGUGAAAUUAUCAAAAUUGACGAUACCUUACAAAGAAGCUCUAAAGUUAUACAAGAUAGCAUAAAUUUGGCUUAUCCCCUCCAUUAGUAAGCUAGCAUUUCUGAAUGAUUACAUAGGAUUUUAAUUUUUUUGGAAAAGUAUUUUCUUCUUAUCAAAAAUAUUUACAGAUAUUUCAAAGCAAAAUGUUAAUUUUUAUAUUUAGAAUGGAAGCUAUCUAGGGAUUUCGCUAUAAUAUCUUCACUUAUAUUAAAUUAUUUUGCAUGCUAAAAGAGGUGCUAAUUCUCAAAACAUUAGAAUUUUUCCAAUAGCACUCCUUAAAAAGGAGGAUGAGAGUUAUAUAACUCAAAAAAGGAAAAUUAGAUCAAGAAGUAAGCUCGAUAAGUCUUUUGAAUAUAUCCCAAGAGAGCAAGACAUUGUUCCUAGAUCAAGUCCACAAAUCCUUCAUUCAAACCAUAUGCAAGAUCAAUCUCUUAUUUACGAAAAGAACAAAGACAUGCCUUAUUCAUCGACGUCUUUUUCAGAAGAAAAUCUCUCAUGAAAAUCUCAAAACGAUCAUCAAUACUACUCACCUUACCAAAAAGAGAUUCUACCUCUGAAAGGAGACGAAGAAUAUGAAUUGAAAAUUUCAGAACUUAUGAAAGUCUUAAAACGAGAAACCGAUUUAAAGCUCAAAAGUGAUGAAGAGCUCCGAUAUGUAAAUUUGAAAAAUAAAGAAAUGAAAGAAAAUGAAAUCAAUUUAAGGAAGCAUAUCGAAACAUUAACUGAUUUAUUAAAUAAAACAAAAAUUGAUGAAAAUUACAGAGAAGAAAAAGUGAAUAAUGUUCAGUUAGAGUCUUCGAAAUGUGGGACAGAUGGAGGGGUUUCUGAAAUAGAGGGUGCUCUAGAAAAUCAGAAAGUUUGUAAAAUGGUUAAUCCAGAGAGUCAAAUUAAAGAGUUGAAGGAAAGCCACAGACUAGAAAUAAUGCAGCUAAAAGACCAAAUUCUUGAACUGUCAAGAGAAAAAACAUUAUUUGAACUAAGGUAUAAUAAUUUGUUUUCAAUCCAUUCUCAAAGCACAGACUAUGAAAUUAUACAAACUUCAAUUGAGCAAGCUAGCAAAAAUAAUGAUAAAGAGACAAGUGAAAUCGAAGAACAUAAGAAACUAGAAGGCCAAAAUCAAGCAGUAAUUGAAAGGCUUGAAAAGCAUAUAGAGAAUCUGGAAAAACAGCUAAAUUAUCAACUAAAAGUAAAUAAAAAGCUGGAAAAAGAAUUAAGUUCUUUCUAUGAAAAAGCAAGUAUCUCAAGUUAUGACAUAAAUAUAGAUAUUUUAAGAAGUGCGUCUAAAAUAAGUGAUCUUGAAGAAAAAGUAAAGAAAAUGACAGCUAAGUAUGAAAAACUAAGAUCAACUGUUAUAAAUAAUGAAAAUAGGUCAGCUUCUGUAAACUCUUUCCAUAAUCAUAUUGCCCAAGAAAGCCGCAUUUUAAAAUCAGAUUUAUCAAGGCCUGAUAUAAGACCAGAGAGGAAUAAAAGCUGUAUGAAAUGCCAAAAGCGUCCAGGAUUAUUCAAAUCGAAAAGCAAAAAGCCAAUAAAAGCGAAAUAA